GAGCCACGACAGGAGACAGCAGACAGGCGAAACCUCUGCAUUACCAAGACCGCUAUGAACUGGACGAACGGAGCAAUGGGGUGACAAUAAUAUUAGACCGAAAAUACAAGGGACUUUCUUCACAGAAAUACAAUAGCUUAAAGUGAUCAUGAAGAAUGUGCAUUAAACUAGGUCAAACAGUGAAAAGGGAUGAAUUAAUUGAUCGCGGAAUGUUCGAAACACCUGUUAAUCACAGAACCGUGGCGACGCACAUUAAUACCAGUGUAAGCAGUUCACCUGAGACAUGGCUUGUAGAUUAACUUUAUUUAUUUUGUGACAUCUAAUUUGGAGCGUAAUCAUUCGUGUUUCUCAUAAACUGCUGUUUUGCUCACCUUAUGGGAUAGGCAUUUAAUAAGGAAAGGUAAAAGAAAGUUACAAAUAGGCUACAGGUUGCGAUUGCGUUUUGAUGCAGUUUAUGCUUGCAAAUGAUGUCCAUUUAGAAAUACAUGUGAAUACAGAUGGCUUAUUAAGUUUUUAAUGUACAAAGAUAACUACCUCAUAUUCAUUGACCAUUAAUAGGCCUUAUAUCCGGUCUACUGAAAUUACGAUUAAACAAAAAGACAACACUUGCCUUCCUGUUCAGAAAUACUACCAUGCGUUGCUUUGUACUAUUUACAGGUAAAUGUUAGAGAAAGAAUACAUCUCUAUGCUUGCAGUCUUUAAAAAGCCUAAAAAGCAUCAGCAUAGUUUUUUUUAAAGUACAGAUAUAUUCUACUAAAUAUUUGUUAUUUUGAGACAAACGGCGUGUGCUGGACGUGGCAAAGCUUCGUGGUUCUCCUUAUUCAGAUGGCGGCAGGUGCCCUAGACGAAGCUCGCGCUGCGGGCUGAGCAGGUGGUUGAUCCCUUGGCACAUAAAGCUCGAGCCAAUGCCGGUGCCUAUGUGGCUCAGCCUGGCACGGCUCGGCCUGUUGUCAGUGUGCAUUUGGGCAUGGCUAUUUGCGGGGGGAUGCGGGCCAGGCCCAGGUGUUGGUAUCCGGCCCAAGAUGCGAAAGCUGACCCCAAUGCCUUACAAGCACUUCGUCCCUAACUUCUCGGAGAACAACCUGGGCGCCAGCGGGAGACCAGAAGGCAGGAUCACGCGGAACUCUGAACGUUUCAACGAACUAGUGUGCAACUACAACCCGGACAUCAUAUUCAAAGAUGAGGAGAACACAAAGGCAGACCGAUUCAUGACAAAGCGCUGCAAGGACUGUUUGACUCGGCUGGCCAUCGCAGUCAGGAACCAGUGGCCCGACGUGCGUCUACGUGUGACCGAGGCCUGGGACGAGGACGGCCACCACCCCCCAAACUCCCUGCACUACGAGGGCCGGGCUGUCGACAUCACCACCUCUGACCGCGACCCCAACAAGUACGGGCUGCUGGCCCAGAUGGCAGUAGAGGCCGGGUUCGACUGGGUGCACUACGAAUCGAAAUCUCACGUGCACUGCUCUGUCAAAGCUGAUCACUCUGUGACAGUGGAGAAGGGGGGCUGUUUCCCAGGCUGGGCGCAGGUAAACAUGGCAGGUGGUGGGCAAAAGGCCUUGUCCUCCUUGAAGCCUGGAGAGGAGGUUCUGGCCCUGUCUGGGUCAGGCCAAGUGGUGCCCAGCCGUGUCCUGUUGUUCCUGCACCAGGACUCCACCCUACAUGUCAGAUUUCUCUCUCUGGACACGGAGGACGGGAAGCACCUCCUGCUGACAGCCUCUCACCUGCUCUUCCUGGCUCCCAACUGCACCCUUGACCACAAGCAGUACCGAGCCCGAUUCGCCAGCCGGGCCAAGCCAGAUCACUACGUACUGGUCCAGGGGGAUGACGGCAGGGUGCGGCCGUCACGGAUUGUCUCUGUGUCCUGGAAGGAAGGCAGAGGGGUUUACGCCCCCUUGACAGAACAGGGAACCUUGUUUGUGGACGGGGUGCUGGCCUCCAGCUAUGCCGCUGUGGAGGAUCACAGACUGGCACACAGGGCGUUCGGUCCCCUGAGGCUCCUGCUGUCCUUUUGGCAGCUGGUUUGGGGACCUGAUGUGGUGGAGGACAGUGUCAGAGAGGCACAAAGAGGUCUCAUAGAGACCCAAGAUCCCAGUGGGAUUCACCAUGCCAUGGACAGCUCUGGGUUGAACCAGUCACUGAACAGUUGGAGUCUGCGCAGUCCAGACAGGCUGUGCAGUUGGACAGCCACACCGCACCAGGGCUGGCGUGGGGCAGAUGGGAACUGUGGACAGGAUGAGGGCUGGAUGGUGCACUGGUAUGCCCGGCUGCUCCAUGCUCUUGGAUGCAUCCUUCUAGAUCCUGAGAGCUUCCAUCCAUAAAGGGCUGGGAAACACACCAACACAUGUGACUCACUGCCCUGCACAACAGGGGACCAUGACCAGAACUCUCCAAAGACGCAAGAUUUACUCCGGUCCAGUGUUGAAUGAUGUUUGUUCACAGCUCUUCACUGUGUUAACCCCCUAUGAAUCCCAGGAUAUGGGAAGUUCAUACUUGUCUCUUUGUUGCUGUAUUUUUUCUGUAUACAUCUGCUUAUUGUAUUUGUGUAACUUCACAGGAAUACUUUAUUCGUCCCUGAAAUUUCACUUCCGUUAUCUCAUAAACAGCGUCGAGCACAAUAUACAAUACAUAACAUACAGUACAUAACAUACUAUAAAUAGGUUAGGGGAAACAGAGGUAUGUGCUGUGGACCAGCCCACUGAUCUUAAAACCUGGGAUAUUUUGAAGAAUGUCAGACUUUUUUAAUGUUGAGAUGGUUUUUGGGGUCAUGAUGGGUCCUGGAGAAUAAACCUUUCUCAUGUUAAAACCAUGCCAGACCUGACAACAGGAUAGGUUAAACUCUGGAGAGUUAAACACUCAACUUUUAACCUAACGCUGAAGAGAGACGGGUGACCAGAUGUCCCAGAAAAAAUGGGACCAUCUGGAACCUUAUCCCAUUGUCCCACACCAUGGUAUGAAUGGAACUCUGUCUCUGUAUUUUGGUUAAGAUGAGAAUGUUUCUGUAGGCCUAUAUUACAAUCAUUACCAGCCAUUUUGUUUCUCUUCAUAGUCUUGACCUGUAAC